GCCUGCCUUUGACAGUAAGCCUUGCUAGCUGUCGCACGCUGUCUAACACUCAAACGAAGCAGCUAGCCGGUGCUCUAAUUCAACACGAGCUCUCAUCUCAGGGACAGUUAGCUUCACAAAGGCGCUCCGGAGUUUAGCUGCCGACGAAGGGACACAACAAAGAUGUCUAAGGAUACGGAAGGCAAGAGCGAGAAAAUCAUGGAUUUGGAGAGUAAGGUGUUGUGGUACCCGGACUCCAAGAAGAACACACAGAUGGAUAAAUUCAGGAUACAGGUCAACGGGGACUACGGACUUAAUCUGGUUAACUACAAUGACCUGUACCAGUGGUCGGUGCACAGCUAUUCAGAGUUCUGGGCGGAGGUGUGGCGCUUCUGUGGAGUAGUCAGCUCCAAACCAUUCGAAGAGGUAGUGGAUGUAUCCAAACGGAUCUCGGAUGUACCGGAGUGGUUUAAAGGAGCUCGACUCAACUACGCAGAGAACCUGCUCAAACAUGCAGACCAGGACAAAGUGGCUCUCUAUGCUGCCAUGGAGGCAAACGAUGAGAUCGUGAAGGUGACGUUCGGGGAGCUGAGGCGUGAUGUGGCGUUGUAUGCUGCAGCCAUGAGGAAGAUGGGCGUCCAGACAGGAGACAGGGUUGUGGGCUACCUGCCCAAUGGUAUCCAUGCAGUGGAGGCCAUGUUAGCAGCAGCCAGCAUUGGAGCCAUUUGGAGCUCUACGUCCGUCGACUUUGGAGUCAACGGUGUCCUCGACAGGUUUUCUCAAAUCCAGCCCAAACUGAUCUUCUCUGUCGCGGCGGUGGUUUACAACGGCAAAACACAUGACCACAUGGAAAAACUGACCAGCGUUGUCAAAGGUCUGCCUGACUUAAAGAAGGUAGUGGUGAUUCCCUACGUUCGCUCCAAACAGGAGACAGACCUCUCCAAGAUCCCCAACAGUGUAUUUAUAGAUGAUUUCCUGGCAACUGGACGCGGUGAGGGUGACCAGUUUCCUCAGCUGGAGUUCGAGCAGCUUCCAUUCAGUCAUCCUCUGUUCAUCAUGUACUCCUCUGGAACCACAGGGGCUCCCAAAUGUAUGGUCCACUCUGCUGGGGGCACGCUUAUCCAACACUUGAAAGAACACAUUCUCCAUGGCAAUAUGACCAGCAGUGAUGUCAUCAUUUAUUACACCACGACUGGCUGGAUGAUGUGGAACUGGCUGGUGUCUGCUCUGGCAGUGGGAGCUUCAGUGGUUUUAUAUGACGGUUCACCACUAGUGCCCACACCCAAUGUACUGUGGAACCUAACAGACCAGCUCGGCAUCACUAUCUUUGGUACCGGGGCCAAGUGGCUGUCAGUGCUGCAGGAGAGGAACCUGAAACCCGGGGAAACGCACAACCUCCAGUCUCUCCACACCAUCCUGUCUACUGGUUCUCCUCUCAAACCCCAGAGCUACGACUACGUCUACCGAUGCAUCAAGAGUAACGUGCUGCUGGGCUCCAUCUCAGGCGGCACUGACAUAGUGUCAUGUUUUAUGGGUCAGAACCCAGCAGUUCCAGUGUAUCGGGGUGAGAUCCAAACAAGAAACCUUGGGAUGGCUGUGGAAGCAUGGGGCAUUGAUGGUAAGCCUGUAUGGGGAGAGAGCGGGGAGCUGGUCUGCUUGAAGCCAAUCCCCUGUCAGCCUACACACUUCUGGAAUGAUGAGAAUGGGAGCAAAUACCACAAAGCUUACUUUUCCACAUUUCCUGGUGUGUGGGCCCAUGGAGACUAUUGUAAAAUCAACCCAAAGACAGGAGGCAUUGUCAUGCUGGGCAGAAGUGACGGGACGUUGAACCCCAACGGAGUCCGUUUUGGCAGCUCAGAGAUCUACAAUAUUGUGGAGGCGUUUGAGGAAGUGUCAGACAGUCUUUGUGUUCCUCAGUACAACGCUGAUGGAGAAGAGCGUGUUAUUCUCUUCUUGAAAAUGGCACCUGGAAAGCCCUUCAGUCCAGAGUUGGUGGCAAAGAUUAAAGGAGCUAUUAGAAAAGCUCUGUCUGCCCGACACGUACCCGCCCUGCUGCUGGAGACCAGAGACAUUCCUUACACCAUCAGUGGUAAGAAGGUGGAGGUAGCUGUGAAACAAGUGGUCGCUGGCCGGGAGGUGUUGCAAAGAGGAGCUUUCUCCAAUCCUGAUUCAUUGGACCUCUACAAGAACAUUCCUGAACUGCAAAACUACUAAAGAGGAAGCAUCACAGAGCUGGAGAAACAACCUGCAACAGAGAACCACUUGACAAGAAUUCAGAUUAGUUUUUAAAUGAACUUUAUUCAAAUUUACUGGUACAGGGAGACGUGCAAAGAGCAUUGCAGGUACAAUUUUCAGAGGUACCUUGUGCAUUGUACAGGGCAUACAAAAGGAAACACAUCUGUACGUCAAAAUAAUACAAAAAAUAUGUAUUUAUAUAAUAACAUUAAGUCUACGGAGACUUUGAAAACAUGAGCUGCACUGUUCCAUAGGCCAGCUUGUAACCAAGUGAUCAAGCAGCUGCUCUUAGGCUACCAUGUGUGAAAGUAAAUGUGAACUGGAUUCAUCUUUUGGAUGUAACAUGAUGUUGCACAGCAGCGCUUUUGAAUACGACACAACAGGCAACAGAGAAGUGAAAUUUAGCACUAGGAGCUUUGCUUUGUCUUCACAGUCUGAUUGCUAUCAGACAGUGAGGAACUAUACCUGUCUGUGUCACCACUGUAAAAAUCCAUGGAAGUGUACAGAUAAAAACACACAAAGAUUUGGGAUGAACACCUCAGCUCAUAUCAACAUAUCAUUGUUAUGUGGUGUGUACCGCUUUAUUACAUGUAUAUAAAUAUGAACAUAUAUAUAUUUUUUGGACUGUGAAAUUGCGUUAACAUUAUAAUUAUGCAUUUAAAGAUAGUGACCCCAACCUGUUAACCAAAGUGAGUCACAGAUUUUAGUGGGUUGUUAGGAGUUAAAACUAAACUUAUUGAAGUUAAAAACAACCUAAAAAAGUUAAUUAUCUCUUAUGUAUUACAUGCUCAAAUCCUAACCCUCAUAUGAUUUUGUGACUGUUGAUUCUAUUUCAUUCCGCCCAAGACAUCAAGGCAUGAAUUGAUGUAAUGUAAUCUCCCUUCAAAGGAAGGUUUUUUUUAGUCACAUUUGCCCUUAUUUAGCAAACAAUUGUAUGAAUAAGUCGGUCUAGAUCAAGUGUGAUUUGAAAGUGAGCAGAUGUUCAUUUCACCACAAAAGCAUGUAUUUAUUAGUUCUGUAUCUAUGUUCCAUGUUUGUCAAUGUGUUCUCUUCAAAUAGCUACAGUACAGCCUCUAUUGCUUUGUACAUGGAAAAGCUGAAUAAUUGUGACAAAGUCUAAAGGCAAAUUAAUGCAUUUAAAGAUGAACUUCAGUGGUUUUGGUCAGUUGUAGCACUAUUUAGCGAAAUGGGUGUCUGUACAAUACCAAUAACACGAACAAAAGACAAAUGUUGGGAGAUCAGAUCAGAAUGUUAAUUGAAAAAGUCACAGACAUGAAUGUUAGUGAAGCAUUUGAUCUUUGGGGAAAGUUGGAGAAAGAUUUUCAUACUAAUGCAGAUGUAGCCUUUUUUUCUUACUGGACUUCUGUGUGGUACUGGAUUCUAAUCAAUUUCCUUUUGAUUCUGUCUCUGUCAGUAUUUCCGUUACGAUUAUAUCACACAUGUGUAAAACUACGAAUGUAAAUAAAUCACCGGGGAAACCCGGGAGUUCAUCUUUAA